UAAUGUAUAUCAAACUAGCGCCAUAACCAAGAGGAAGAGGAAAGGGGGCAGAGGAAGAACAGAGUAACAAUGGCUUCCCUCCUUAAGUUCUACAAUCCAUUAACGUUAACUCGAUUCACCCCCGUUUCACUCUCUCAGGCCUUUCUCCGCAGAACUCUUCGCAAUUCCCAUUUCUCAUUCUUCAAUUCUGCUACAACUUUCGCUCGUUUCACUUCUUCUCCCACCUCAUCUCAGCUCCCCGUCAGUGCGCCGAAUCUCAAAGAAAUAAACGCCCUUAGGCAUGAUAGUACUUCCUCGGAACUGUGGCUACACAACACAAUGAGUAGGAAGAAGGAGGUGUUCAAGCCUAAGGUCGAAGGCAAAGUAGGAAUGUAUGUAUGCGGUGUUACUGCCUAUGAUCUCAGCCAUAUCGGCCAUGCUCGUGUUUAUGUUACAUUCGAUGUUCUCUAUAGAUAUUUGAGGCAUUUGGGAUACGAAGUUCUUUAUGUUCGCAAUUUCACCGAUGUGGAUGAUAAAAUAAUUGCUAGAGCAAAUGAGUUGGGGGAAGAUCCACUAAAUUUAAGUAGACGUUAUUGUGAAGAAUUCCGCCGGGAUAUGAUGUAUCUUCAUUGUUUGCCUCCUUCAGUUGAACCCCAAGUUUCGGACCACAUGCCCCAGAUUAUUGACAUGAUAAAGCAGAUUCUUGAUAAUGGGUAUGCCUAUUCUGUUGAUGGUGACGUAUACUUUAACGUGGACAAAUUUCCAGAAUAUGGACAAUUGUCUGGUCGAAAAUUAGAGGAUAAUCGAGCUGGAGAGCGAGUUUCUGUGGACUCCAGGAAGAAAAACCCUGCCGAUUUUGCUUUGUGGAAGUCUGCAAAGGAGGGGGAACCAUUUUGGGAAAGUCCAUGGGGUCCUGGAAGGCCUGGUUGGCAUAUAGAGUGUAGUGCCAUGAGUGCGUCUUAUCUGGGGUAUUCUUUCGAUAUACAUGGUGGAGGGAUGGAUCUUGUGUUUCCCCACCAUGAAAAUGAAAUAGCUCAGAGCUGUGCUGCUUGCAGAACAAGUAAUGUAAGCUACUGGGUUCAUAAUGGUUUUGUGACAAUUGACUCGGAGAAAAUGUCUAAAUCUCUUGGGAACUUUUUCACCAUUCGGCAGGUGAUCGAUCUUUACCAUCCACUUGCUUUGAGGCUUUUCUUGUUGGGGACACAUUAUCGUUCUCCAAUCAACUACUCCGAUUUACUCCUUGAAAGUGCUUCAGAUCGCAUUUUUUACAUCUAUCAGACUCUUGAUGACUGUAGAACUGUCAUUAGCCAGGAAGAUGAAUCAAGUUUUAAGGGUCCCAUUGCCCCAAGUUUGGUGGAAGAAAUCAACAAAUUCUCCAAUGUUUUUCUGACUUCAAUGUCUGAUGAUAUUCACACUCCUGUGGUUUUGGCAGCGUUAUCAGAUCCUUUGAAAAUUAUCAAUGAUUUAUUACAUACUCGCAAGGGAAAGAAGCAGGAAUUUCGAAUGGAAUCCCUUGCAGCUUUGGAGAAGAUAAUUGGAAAUGUGUUAUCCAUCUUAGGACUAAUGCCUGCUAGUUACUCUGAGGCUCUACAACAAUUGAAGGAAAAGGCUUUAACGCGUGCAAAGAUGACGAACGAUCAAGUAUUACAGAAAAUAGAAGAAAGGAAUGCAGCAAGAAAGAAUAAGGAGUAUGAAAAAUCUGAUUCAAUCAGGACUGAUCUAGCUGCUGUUGGAAUUUCUCUAAUGGAUGGCCCUAAUGGGACAACUUGGAGACCCACUGUCCCUCUUGCACUUCAAGAACACCAGGCUUCUUCAACUUGAAUGAUAUCUUUGUGCAAGAACACCACGUUUGUUUUGUAGAAUAAAUGACCUUCACAUCAAUUGAAUUCUUCAAAGGAAAAAAAAAAACACUAAUUAUCUUUAAAAUUGAAUGAUAUCUUUACCAUUUUCUUGAAAUAAAUAUAGUAGGAAACUAAAUAUGGCAAACCCA